AUAGUGCAUUUACUGUAUGCGAACGGGCGAAAGUGAAGUACCGCCGCCGCCUUGUAAAUCGUCAAUAAACGAAUUUUUUCAGGUCGUAUUUUUGUAUUAUACCGGUUUAUUUGGUUACGUUCGCCGAAAGAGAGUGGACAUACAUAGUGGUUUAUCGGCUUCGACAACAGGCUCUUGAGUUCCACGUUCAUUUUCUCCGCAGAUACCAUACACGGAUCACGUUCAACAUGAAACUGUGUUCGGGAGCUGAUUUUUGCCAAAUGCUCGGGAGAAAAAAAAUGCUCGUGGAAGAAAUGGAACCGGGAAAAGAAAAGUUCAAACGAGUGUUAAAUAUUUUUGAUCUGACCACUUUGGGUAUAGGCGCCACAUUAGGAUGUGGAGUGUACGUACUAGCCGGAACUGUAGCAAAAACGGUUGCUGGACCAGCGGUAGUAUUGUCUUUCGUCGUAGCUGCAAUAGUGUCUUCGUUUGCAGGUGUUUGCUAUGCCGAAUUCGCUGGCCGAGUACCUAAAGCCGGGUCUGCAUAUAUUUACAGUUACGUGUCAGUCGGAGAAUUUAUAGCAUUUAUUAUUGGCUGGAAUAUGUUUAUCGAGCACACGAUAGGUACAGCUUCUGCCACCAAAGCUAUGACAAAUUAUGUAGAUUCCUUACUAGGAUAUCCUCAAAAAAGAUUUAUGAUGAAACAUUUCCCGAUGAAUAUGAAUUUAUUGGGCGAAUAUCCGGACGUUGCAUCGUUUUUAUUCGUCAUGUCCAUAGCGUUGGUUAUGGCUUGGGGUGUUCGGAAAUCGUCCACCCUAAACAGUGUGUGCACUAUAUUCAACUUAUUGACCGUGGGCACAGUAGUAGUCAGUGGAUUUUUUUUUGCAAAAUGGUCGAAUUGGUUUAUUCCAAAAAGUGAAAUCCCGAUUGGAGUAGAUGGCGGCAAUGGUGGAUUUGCACCGUUCGGUUGGGCUGGAAUAAUCGCAGGAGCUGCGAGAUGUUUCUAUGGAUUUAUAGGGUUCGAGUGCAUUUCCACAACAGGCGAAGAAACGAAGAAUCCAAAAAAAACCAUUCCGUUAGCCAUCAUGAUAUCGCUGCUUUUUGUAACCGUAGCAUAUUCUAGUAUUGCAUCAGUGCUGACAUUAAUGUGGCCGUACUACGAUCAAGACCAGAACGCACCGUUGCCGGUCAUCUAUGAACACCUGGGAAUGCCGGUAAUCAAAUACAUGGUUACCAUCGGUGCGAUAUUCGCUCUGUUCACCUCUCUAUUAGGAUGUUUGUUUCCGAUACCGCGAAUUCUGUACGCGAUGUCCAGUGACGGUCUGCUGUUCGAAUUCCUGUCGAAUAUCAACGAACGUACCAAGACGCCUUUUAUAGCUACCAUGAUAUGCGGUAUUAGUUCUGGCAUAUUGUCGUCGGUAUUUAAUCUGGAACAACUCGUCGAUAUGACGUCUAUCGGUACGCUCAUAACGUAUUUGAUUGUUUGUAUCUGUGUAAUGAUAUUGAGAUAUCGAUGCGAUAAUGUAAUCAGCCACGAAUUAGACGAAUGCGAAACGUACAAAAUACACAAAUGGUUAUUCCCAAACACAAAAGUACCAAACUCUGAUACUCAAUAUAUGUCAAGAGUGCUUAUUGUCAUUUAUAGUAUUACGGCUUUCGUAUUUUGCCUCUGCAUGGCAAACAUCGAAUGUUACGAUGGGGUAUAUAUGUUCCCCAUAACAGUCGUAAUCGGAAUUUCAGUCAUAAUCUUGUUAAUUGUACUAUUAAUGUUGUACCGAUUACCACAAGCAAUCGAGACCUUACCAUUUAAGGUACCUUUGGUUCCUUUUGUUCCGUGUUUGAGUAUAUUUCUUAACUUGUAUCUCAUGGCGGAGCUUAAUAUCAAGACUUGGAUAAGAUUUGGAGUGGGGCUCGUUAUAGGGGUACUUAUCUACACAUUUUAUGGUGCUUGGCACAGUUUGGAAGGUAUUAAACAACGAGCGAUGGUCGCUAAAGUAAACAAUAACGGGUUGAAAAUUCGUCACUAAAUGUCCGUUGUUAAAUACAACGAUUUUUAUUUAUGUGUAUUGAUUUUUGUUGUAAUAAUUAUAACGUGUGUUUUAAAUUUUUAAAGCAUUAAGUAAUGCAAUCAAAAAUUCUACUUGUAAAAUUGUACAAAUCUUAUGUUAAAAAAUAUUUGUGUGUUAUUAUUUU